AUGGCGGCGCUGGAGGCGGACGACGCGGGGGCCGCCCUGGAUCACCUCAUCACCCAGUUCAAUAGCUACGACGAUUACUUGGACUCGCAGAUCACCACGCAGGACCUGUUCUACCUGGAGAAUGAGGAGCUGGCUCGCCAGCUGGUGGAGCUGGGAUUCCGGGGAAGCGGUGAGGUCCUGAAAAGGGAAGAGUUUGAAGCAAGAAAAGCGGCAGCAGAGGCUUCAAGACUCUCUGAAAGAACCCAGCAAAAAACGUUAUCAAGUGCAGGAAAAGAACUGAAGGAUAAUUUUCUGAAGGCAUUGGCAGAAAGGGAGGAAGCCAACCGCAGUGGGAAAAUGGCUUCCAUAAUCUUCAUUCGUGACCGAAAUUCUCGUGGUCAGGAGGUGUCUGCCUACAUUGACUAUGCACACAGGCUGAAGGUUGAUGAAUUUGAAAUAUAUUUUAAUGGAAAGAAAAAGCUUUUUCCAAGACGCACUGAUCUGAGCUUUUACAACUGGGAUAGAAAUGUCAGCAAUUCAAAUGCCAGUCCAAAUUACCAAGUGAUUGCAGAAAAUGCAUGUGGAUUACUCUUCAAGAACAAAUGUGAUAGGAAAAUAGUAAAUGUGGAUCCCAAGGCUUACCCAGGAGACAGCACAACUCGGACACCUAUUGAGACAGAUCUCUACCUCCAAGUAGUCAUCUAUGACCAUAUCCUCAGAAGAAAGACCUAA